AUGUAUACUGGUCCCUUGCGGUCAGAGCGCAGUUGGAGUCACGUAUCUCGGCAAUAUUCUCCAGACAAUUAUAUCCGCGCUGAACGUCUAGUCAUUGAGUAUAAAAGGUGCGCGCUGAAUCCUGAAUGUAUCUGUGCAGCUCAGAUCUGUUCUAUUUCCUGUCGUCUCACAAGUUCUAUCAAGAAGAUGCAGAAUGAUGUUGGACACAUGAUCCGUGAAGACAACCACAGUAUGGUAAAAGACAUAUUUUUGGUGGGAUUUCACAUACACAGCAGUCUCAAAAUCCCUUCCUUCCUUUUAUUUCUCAUUUUGUACAAUGUGACAGUAUAUGGGAACAUCAUGAUCACCAUACUGGUAUCAAUAUCCCCCAAUCUCAAACACCCAAUGUUCUUCUUUUUGGCAAAUCUUUCUAUUUCGGACAUCAUGUUUACUACCAACAUUGUUCCUAAGAUGUUAUGUGCCAUUGUGAAAGAAGGAGUCACCAUAUCUUUUCUUGGAUGCAUCAUACAGCUCCAGUUCUUUGGUAUUUCGUUGGUUGCCCAAUGUCUUCUCCUCGCUGUUAUGUCUUAUGACAGAUACUUGGCCAUCUGUAACCCCUUACAUUACGUCUAUAUCAUGGACACCACUCUGUGCGUUCAGCUUGUUGCCCUAUGUUGGUUCUUAGGCUUUGUCAUCUCCUUAGUGACUGUGACCAUGACAAGUAGACAAGAUUUCUGUGGUCCUCAUGUCAUUGACCAUUUCUUCUGUGAUUUAGUCCCUCUUCUCAAGCUUUCUUGCUCGGAUACGUCCUCAGUAAUACUGGAGAACAUAUUGUUAGCUACUCCCUUGACACUGUUCCCUCUUGUUUUCAUCUCGGUGACCUACAUCUAUAUUUUCAUCACCAUCCUCAAAAUUCCAUCCAGAAACGGGAGAGAGAAAACCUUCUCCACCUGUAGCUCUCAUCUGACCAUCGUAGGAAUGUUUUAUGGGACAUUGGCCUCACUGUAUGUAGUUCCAUCUGAUGGACGCUCACUGAAUGCUAACAAAGUCCUUUCUCUGCUCUACACUUUUGUGACCCCAUUAUUCAACCCUAUUAUAUAUAGUCUGAGGAACAGUGAGAUAAAGGGAGCCUUAAGAAAAUAUGUUUUUAAGGCAAAGGAAGAAUUAAAAAAUACACACUCUGUGCAGUAA